CCUCCAGUGAAUAACAUCACAUUAGCACACUACUGUGCACGUUACACACGCUGUGGAUUUAGGAGUGAAAAACUACGAGAGGAUUAAACUGCAGCUAUUAAUCAGAUCUGAAAGGGUGAUGGAAGGAAGUUCACAGUCGUCACUAUCAGAAGAGGACUCUUCCAGCAAAGAGCGCUCUUUACCUGAGGAGGAGAAUGAACUGCAGUCUGAGCCGGUGGAAGAGGCAGCACAGGGGGAGUCUCUCCUCUCUGGUGAGGAGCACUUAACCCUCAUCACAGAGAGCAUGUCAAUCACUUCCUCUGAUGAGGAGAAGCUUCAGCUCCUCAACAAAAACACUGAGCUCCGGAGACUCAACAAAGAGCUGAUGAAGCUGAACGAGGAGUGGGAUCACAUCUAUCACAGCACGAGUGUGGGCCUCCAGCAGCGUGUGGCGGCCCUCGAGGAGGAGAGCAGGGCCCUCAAACAGCUCAACAGCCGACUGCUGCUCAAAGUGGAACAUGAACAGAACAAGAGGGAAUAUUAUGAACAAACACUGAUGCAGGAGCUGAAGAAAAACCAGCAUCUGCAGGAGUAUAUCAGACUGCUGGAGAGCCGACUGCACCAAACAGAUCUCCAGCAGUGGACUAGAGGACCUCAGGCUCCAGAUAUCAGUGGCUCCUCAGACUCUCAGAUGGUCCAGGGCCCCUCGAAGCCGUCCCUGGAUGUACGGUCGACUCCAGGGCUUCCUGCGUCUCCGGGCACAAAGUCCAGUCUCAGACUGACUGGCAUUGGAAUAGAGACUCAAUCUGACCCUAUAAGAGAAGUUCAGGAUCUUAAAGAACAGCUGGAGGCGCUGCGGUGUCAGACAAAGAUCUACGAGGCUGAUUAUAAGACCGAGCACAAGGACCACGAGCGCAUGCUGCAGGAGAACAAGCGUCUGCGACGCAGAGAGGCGGACAUGCGUCAGCAGAUGACACUGCUGCAGGAGCAGCUGAAGGUGUACGAGGAUGAUUUCCAGAAGGAGCGCUCAGACAAACGCAUUCUCCAGAGACUGCUGAUGAAAAAAUCUCCAGCCGAGAAAGACCCGGUUCUGGUGCACCGCUGCAACAACGAGCAGGACCGGCCCAGAUCAGACAGGAGGAAGCCCAGAGAAGAGCAGCGCGGAGGAUACGUCUGUCCCAAACACUGUGAGCAUCACGACCAGACGGACCUCCCCUGAACCGCCACACAUUCAUUCAUGCUACUUUGUAUCUUUAAAAACUCCAGAGUUUCCUUGUAACUGCUUUAUUUAUAAGAGGUUAUUUUUUUAUUGUAUUAUUCUUUCCUAUUGUUGAAAGGACUUGCGUUUGUACAAUGACUGUGAGGAAACUGUGCACUGUGGUAUCGUCUCUGUGUAAAUAAAUCUGAACCACUUCACU